AUGCUGACCAUAGCUCUUACACUGCACUUGGCUCUGCUGACAGAGACCUUUGGCAAUGUCAUCGUGUACACACAGGAAACUCCACAUGUGAUAAUGGAGGAGUUUCGCGACAUGCCGGCUAGUUUCGGCAACGACCUACCAGCUGAUGGUCUGCGCGGGUUCCUAGUCGCAGGCGAGCCUCCAGACGGCUGCGCCCCUCUCCCCAAACCGCCGACUGUUGAUAACUUCACGGGGAAAUGGAUAGUACUCCUUGCUAGAUACAACUGCAGUUUUGAAGUGAAGGUUCGCAAUGCGCAGACGGCGGGUUAUGACUGUGCCAUCGUGCACAACGUCAACUCCAGUGAUCUCGAGACUAUGUCGGCUAAAAACCCGGAGGGGAUAGAGAUUCCGUCGGUUUUCGUUAGCGACCUCGCUGGCUUACUGCUAGCCGACGAGUACUUGUACACAAGCGGUUUCUAUAUAAUGGUAAACGGCGACCUCCCGUUCAAUAUCAACACACACCUGCUCCUGCCAUUCGCGAUCGUCGUGGUGCUGUGCUUACUUGUAAUACUUAUAUUUAUGAUAGUGAAAUGCAUAAAAGAUAGACGUCGCGCUCGUCGUCACAGGCUCCCGAGCCGAUCUCUGAAGAAGAUUCCAACCUGCAAGUUCAGCAAGGGAGACCCGUACGAUACCUGCGCUAUCUGCCUCGAUGACUACCAGGAGGGAGAACGGCUUCGGGUCCUGCCCUGUGCACAUGCGUACCACGCCGUGUGUAUCGACCCGUGGCUGACCCAGAACAAGCGAGUGUGUCCGGUGUGCAAGCGGCGCGUGUUCGCGGCCGGCGAGCGGCGCCGCCUGCACUCCGACUCCGACACCGACACUGAACCACUACUCAACGACAAUACCGCCACACAAGGUGGUACGUUUGAGGAGCAGAGCGUGAACCCGUUCGUGCGAGCAACCGAGUUCAUGCGGAGACUGCGCCGGGACAACCAACAGAGAAGCACUGAGGCGGCUUCACAAUCGGAAGAUAAUGACGAAACAAAUCCUGUAAAUGACGAUACAGUGGAGACGGGCGACAGAGAAGCGUUGCUUCCGUCGGUGGCUCCAGUGGGCACUAGUACGGUCCCCGCGGUCCCGGCCGUGACUACCGUGGCCAGCGAGCGCCGCGGGCGUCGGGGCCGCCGGGCGCGCUCGCACAGCGCACACACACAGCGCGCCGACACACACACACAGCGCGCCGACACACACACACACAACGCUCGAGACACCACGCUACUCAUCUCUGACACACACUCCAUCAACACAGAGUCCACCGGAGAAAUAGGCGUAGCAGCUCUACCGGCGAUUCCUCAGUCGUCCUCGAUUCCACGCAAUCUCGACUUAUGA